AAUCUACAUAUCAAAAUAUUUCUUUAGAAAAAAGAAGAAAACUUAUAAAUGAUGUUAAUGACAAUGGUAUACCAAUUCGAAAAGUUGCAGCUAAAUAUCGAUUAGCUCCUUCAACAGUUGAUACAAUUGUUAAACGUUUUGAUCAAGAAGAUCGAAUUGCCCUUAAGCCACGAGGUGGUGAUAAAAGAUCGAUCUUAAAUGAACAGCAUAAAGAAUUUUUAAAAGAAGCAAUUGAAGCAGAGCCGUGGAUAACCAUUUGUGAUCUAACUCAAAAAUUUGAUCGUACAGUAUCUAGAUAUGUUAAAGAAAUCGGGUUUACCCUCAAAAGACUUACUGUAAUACCAGAAGGUCGUAACACUGACAAGACAAUUCAUGAAAGGAAACAAUAUGUGAAAAAAAUCUAUGACGAAAAUAUUAAUAUUUAUAAGGAUAUAGUCUACAUAGAUGAAACAGGUUUUAACCUGCAUCUUUCAGCAACACGAGGCAGAGCAUAUCGUGGACAACCUGCAAUUCGUAAGGUUGCAAGUAAUAGGGGUAAAAAAAUCUCUAUUAUUGCUGCAAUAAAUGAAAAUGGAAUUUUACACUAUAAAUCUAUUUUAGCAAUGGAUAACAUUAAAUUUUAUAAAUCCAAUAUAGUUAAAAAAGCUGUUGAAAAUACUACACAUAAGAUUUUAUAUUUACCUUCUUAUUCCCCUUUUUUAAAUCCCAUUGAGAAUUGUUUUUCGAAAAUUAAAAAUAAUGUUUCUAGAAAACAUUUAAGAGAUCAAAAAUCUAUUUUAAAUAGAUUUGAUGAAGCAGUUAAUACAGUUACCGAAGAAGAUU